AGGAUUUUAUUAGUUAUAAAAUAAAUUUAACAGAAAGAGGCACAAAUACCAAUAGGAGUUGGAAAACUAAAACAACGAGUGGUGUUGCUCUCUCCAUCUUCCUCUUCAUCUUCUUCUGUUCUCUCUCUAUAAAUACAAGUUUACUCUUCCUCUUCCUCAAAUCUCUGACUCUUCUCUGCAUUAUCUCUUCGAUCUCUCCAACUCUCCAAAACCUUCCUCAGAAUGGGAACUACCAAUGGAACAGACUAUGGAGCAUACACAUACAAGGAGCUAGAAAGAGAGCAAUAUUGGCCAUCUGAGAAUCUCAAGAUAUCAAUAACAGGAGCUGGAGGUUUCAUUGCAUCUCACAUUGCUCGUCGUUUGAAGCACGAAGGUCAUUACGUGAUUGCUUCUGACUGGAAAAAGAAUGAACACAUGACUGAAGACAUGUUCUGUGAUGAGUUCCAUCUUGUUGAUCUUAGGGUUAUGGAGAAUUGUCUCAAAGUUACUGAAGGAGUUGAUCAUGUUUUUAACUUAGCUGCUGAUAUGGGUGGUAUGGGUUUUAUCCAGAGUAAUCACUCUGUGAUUAUGUAUAAUAAUACUAUGAUUAGUUUCAAUAUGAUUGAGGCUGCUAGGAUCAAUGGGAUUAAGAGGUUCUUUUAUGCUUCGAGUGCUUGUAUCUAUCCAGAGUUUAAGCAGUUGGAGACUACUAAUGUGAGCUUGAAGGAGUCAGAUGCUUGGCCUGCAGAGCCUCAAGAUGCUUAUGGUUUGGAGAAGCUUGCUACGGAGGAGUUGUGUAAGCAUUACAACAAAGAUUUUGGUAUUGAGUGUCGAAUUGGAAGGUUCCAUAACAUUUAUGGUCCUUUUGGAACAUGGAAAGGUGGAAGGGAGAAGGCUCCAGCUGCUUUCUGUAGGAAGGCUCAGACUUCCACUGAUAGGUUUGAGAUGUGGGGAGAUGGGCUUCAGACCCGUUCUUUUACCUUUAUCGAUGAGUGUGUUGAAGGUGUACUCAGGUUGACAAAAUCAGAUUUCCGUGAGCCGGUGAACAUCGGAAGCGAUGAGAUGGUGAGCAUGAAUGAGAUGGCUGAGAUGGUUCUCAGCUUUGAGGAAAAGAAGCUUCCAAUUCACCACAUUCCUGGCCCGGAAGGUGUUCGUGGUCGUAACUCAGACAACAAUCUGAUCAAAGAAAAGCUUGGUUGGGCUCCUAAUAUGAGAUUGAAGGAGGGGCUUAGAAUAACCUACUUCUGGAUAAAGGAACAGAUCGAGAAAGAGAAAGCAAAGGGAAGCGAUGUGUCGCUUUACGGGUCAUCAAAGGUGGUUGGAACUCAAGCACCGGUUCAGCUAGGCUCACUCCGCGCGGCUGAUGGAAAAGAGUGAAGUUCACCAAAGUAUAAGUCAAGCUCAAAUAUGGCCUUUUAAGUUCAGCAAAAUGUUUAGAUAUAUUUUUAGGUAGCUUCCUAUUAAAAAAGCAAUAAUAAGUGUUUUGGAUUUUGGUUCCUUCUAUUCUGCUAAUCCUUGUUUAUGUUUAGUUGAAAAAGUUUGCUUGCAUUGUUAAGUCUGUUAUCAUAUUAUUGUGGUCCUUUCAUUCACAGUAUGUAUGUUUAUCAUCAUAGUCAAGUUGAUGUCGUGGUCCUCUCACGGACCAGUACAAGUAAGUGGCUUGUGUUUUUUCUUGCAUCUUAUCAUCUAUUCACACAUCUCUAGAGGUUAGGGAUCACUCACGGUGACUCACCAUUCUUUCUCUUCCAUCCACUUCUUUAUCCCAUUCCUCGGUCAAAAAUGUCACACGUAAUAAAUCAUAAGGUUUUAAGUUUAUAUAUUGCUUUUUUUAUG